GGUCUUCUGUAUCGGCUCGCCAUUUAUGCUUGGAAACCCUUCUCGCCGCGCCGCCACCCCCCCAGAAAAACCUCGCAUCAUCCCUGCCACGGCAGAGGCAUCGAAUUUCCCACGCCAAAUCCGCCAUGGCCACCAAAUCCCACAAGAAGAAGAAGGUUUCCUCCCCAAACCCCUCUAUCCAGGCCAAGGCCCCCUCCCCGGACCAAAAGCCUAACCCUCCGAAACCAGCGAAGGAGCGAGAUACAGCGUCAGCGUCGGCAUCCGCAUCGGCGAAGAAGCCGAAGAAGAAGCCUAACCCUCCGAAACCAGCGGAGGAACCAGAUACGGCGUCGGCAUCGGCUAAGACGCCGAAGAAGCAGAAGGUGACAAAUGAGAUCGACGACAUCUUCCAGGCCGCUAAGUCCGACAAGAAGCGCAAGUCGCAACAGGAGGAGGAGGAAGCCGUUGGGAGCAAGAAGGCCAAAAAGGGCAGGGCCGAGGGGGCUAGUAAGAAAAGUAAGGAGAGUAGGGGCAAGGGUAGGGAGCCGGAAAACGUGGAGGGUGAAGAGAAGCGGCCGCGGCGGCGCACGAAUGACGGGCUCACCAUAUACUCCGCCGAUGAACUCGGGUUCGGCAAGGCCAACGCUGGGGGCACUGCGCUCUGCCCGUUCGACUGCGAUUGCUGCUUCUGAGCCUUUCCGGGGACUUCCCUGACCGAGGUGAUGUGAUCAAGUUAUAUCACUGUUGUGUUUGUAAUGCUGGAUGAAUUCAUUAGCUAUGUGCUUAGAUUUGUGCUCAGAUGAAAUUUUGGUUGAUGUUGACAAUUUUAUAAGAGCUCCUGAUGAUGUAUCUUCCUAAUAUAACCAGUUACAUAAGGAUAGUUUCAUGAUGUCUGCUAAGCUGUUGUGAAUUGUGAUAACUGCUGUGAAUUGAGCAUCAGGAACCUGUUUAACGUUAUGUACUGGAGUCCAGUUGA